CCCGCGCCCCUGAGCCGCGGCCCCCCGGACGGCUCCUCUCCGAGGACCUCACACCCCUGACUCCGGCAGUGUCGAGGCGCCGGCUUGGGGCAGACGCUGUGCUCACAGACACCCAGACGGGGUUGCAUCCCCUCGCUUCGAGCACCACAGGCCAUGCCACCCCCCAGCUGCCUAGCUGGGGCCCUUCUGAGAGGGCCAUCCUUUUUGACACCCUGAAGACCAGCUCUGGACCAUCCUACAAAAGUGUCUGCUCGCAAAACUGCUUAACCAAAGGACCGACUCUUGGGACAUCCCCCAGUCCACCUGGCCCCUGGCUAGGGAGGGGGCUCCAGAAGGCUGAAAGUAACUAACUUUGGAUUGCAGCUCCAGGGACAGAAGGGGGUGGGGGUGGGCUGACCACCCAAACCCCCUCUGGGCCCAGGCCCCAUGCCCGGAGGAGGAGAGACUGCGUGAAGCCCACCUCAGCUGCCUGCCAGACUGUUUGCCUGCCACUCUGACUGUGAUCGCUUGGCAUGGCCAGCAAUAGCAGUUCCUGCCCAACCCCUGGGGGCGGGCACCUCAAUGGGUACCCGGUGCCCCCCUACGCCUUCUUCUUUCCCCCUAUGUUGGGUGGACUCUCCCCUCCAGGAGCUCUCGCCAGUCUCCAGCACCAGCUUCCAGUUAGUGGAUACAGCACGCCAUCCCCAGCCACCAUCGAGACCCAGAGCAGCAGUUCGGAGGAGAUAGUGCCCAGCCCCCCCUCGCCACCACCUCUGCCCCGCAUCUACAAGCCUUGCUUCGUCUGUCAGGACAAGUCAUCGGGCUACCACUAUGGGGUCAGCGCCUGUGAGGGCUGCAAGGGCUUCUUCCGACGUAGCAUCCAAAAGAACAUGGUGUAUACUUGUCACCGGGACAAGAACUGUAUCAUCAACAAGGUGACCCGGAACCGCUGCCAGUACUGCCGGCUGCAGAAAUGCUUCGAAGUGGGCAUGUCCAAGGAGUCGGUGCGAAACGAUCGAAACAAAAAGAAGAAAGAAGCUCCUAAGCCUGAGUGCUCAGAGAGCUACACGCUGACGCCCGAGGUCGGGGAGCUUAUUGAGAAGGUUCGCAAAGCGCACCAGGAGACCUUCCCGGCCCUCUGCCAGCUGGGCAAGUACACUACGAACAACAGCUCAGAACAACGAGUCUCUCUGGACAUUGACCUCUGGGACAAGUUCAGUGAACUCUCCACCAAGUGCAUCAUUAAGACUGUGGAGUUCGCCAAACAGCUUCCCGGCUUCACCACCCUCACCAUUGCUGACCAGAUCACCCUCCUCAAGGCUGCCUGCCUGGAUAUCCUGAUUCUGCGAAUCUGCACGCGGUACACGCCUGAACAAGACACAAUGACCUUCUCAGACGGGCUGACCCUCAACCGGACGCAGAUGCACAACGCUGGCUUUGGCCCCCUCACCGACUUAGUCUUUGCCUUCGCCAACCAGCUGCUGCCCCUGGAGAUGGACGAUGCAGAGACUGGAUUGCUCAGUGCCAUCUGCCUCAUCUGUGGAGACCGCCAGGACCUGGAGCAGCCAGACAAGGUGGACAUGCUGCAGGAGCCGCUGCUGGAGGCGCUGAAGGUCUAUGUCCGGAAACGGAGGCCCAGUCGUCCCCACAUGUUCCCCAAGAUGCUGAUGAAGAUCACGGAUCUUCGGAGCAUCAGCGCCAAGGGAGCCGAGCGAGUGAUCACACUGAAGAUGGAGAUCCCUGGCUCCAUGCCACCACUUAUCCAGGAAAUGCUGGAGAACUCUGAGGGCUUGGACACUCUAAGCGGACAGUCAGGGGGCGGAGGAACAAGAGAUGGGGGUGGCUUGGCGCCCCCUCCGGGUAGCUGUAGCCCCAGCCUCAGCCCCAGUUCCCACAGAAGUAGCCCCGCAACCCAGUCCCCGUGACCUCCAAAUGGACAGCCUUCACCCCUGCCCUGGCUUUCUCUGCCUUCCUACUGGCCACGUGACCCAUCAGCCCUGCCCCGCCUCGUCCUCCCAGACAGAACUGGGAACCUUCUGCCGGGACAGGAGGGAGGAGGCAGUGACUCUGUGGACAGAGGCCUGGACCCAAGAUGGACUGCCCUCUUCCGGCAGCCUGGGCUGGCAUCAGGCCAAGCGUUGAGCCAUGUGAGGACCUGGGCCUGAGCCCCUACGCACCUUGCCACGUCUUCAUCACCAGCAAAUGCCGGGACCUGGCUCCCUGUCCUCCGAACUCAAGCCAUCGCUCCCCAGUUGGGGAACCUACCCCCUGCUUCAGAUGGUGACGGAGGGUGGGGUGGGGGGGUGUCCAGGGUGGGGGAGACCCCCUGUACAUAUCCUGCGUACCAACUCCCAGAUAUUAAUUCUCGCUGGUUUUGUUUUUAUUUUAAUUUUUUUGUUUUGAUUUUUUUUAAUAAGAAUUUUCAUUUUAAGCACA